UCCUGCAACGCUUCAGGCUUCGUUUUCUGGGUUGUAAUUCGUCCAAUGGACUCUGAUCAAGCGAAGCUCUUCGUCGGUGGUUUGUCUAAGGACACCACCGAAGCCACAUUGAAAGAACACUUCGGCCAAUACGGCGUCGUUUCGGGCUCGACGGUUACCAAGGACCGCGUCACGAGCAGUUCUCGAGGGUUUGGCUUCGUCUGGUUCUCUGAUCCGUCUUCCGCUGAUAAAGCCCUAGAAGACUCGCAUGUCAUUCUCGGAAGAAAGGUAGAUGUGAAGAAAGCGAAACCCAGAAGAGCCUGGGCAUACCCCAAAAACCAAGAACCACUGCCACCGCAACAACUGCAAAGUAGUAGUUUUGAGAGUGGCAGUAAUUUUAGAACAAGGAAGAUUUUUGUAGGGGGAUUGUCGCCGAGUGUAACUGAGUUGGAGUUUAAGAAUUACUUUGAGAUGUUUGGUAGGGUAACUGAUGUAGUGGUGAUGAUGGACAGCGCAACUCACCGCCCUCGGGGCUUUGGUUUCAUAACUUUUGAUUCAGAGGAGUCGGUGGAGAAUGUAAUGCAGAAGAACUUUCAUGAGUUGAAUGGUAAGUUUGUGGAGGUCAAGAGGGCUGUGCCGAGGGAGGAGAGUUACAGCAACAAUGAGAGGGGUUAUCAGCCGGGCAGUAAUCGUCCUCGAUAUACCGGUAGUCCUACUACAUAUGGAGUUCUUCCUACUCCUGCACCUUAUAAUGGUUUCGGAGGGUUUACUGGUGGAACAGGUGUUUAUGGGGGUGGUUGGUACCCAUCGGGUGGAUACGCUGGGGUUCCUUAUGGCAUUGCCCCAAUUGUUCCUCAGGCGUGGGUGUUUCCAUACGGCAACACUUUUUAUCCUGCCUACAUGAGUGGCGGGGGAUGGGUGGCGGCUGCUGGUGGGCAUAACUUGUAUAACAGAGUGUCCGAGCCAGCUGUGAAUCGGCGUGGUUUUGUCAAUGAGCAUGCACCAGCGGAUGUGAAGUCAUCUGGGGUUGAAGGGGAUCGAGAAACUUGAUGUUGAUGGUGCUGCUUGACGAGGAAAAUCAACUAGCUAGGUCUUGACAGAUGACUUUAGCCUCUAACCAUUUUAUCCGUACAGGAUGACGACCUUUUGUAAUAUAAUUGUUGCAUUCAUGAUUCAGACAGUUGACUUUGGAGCUUAAGCAUUUGCAGGAUUGAUUUAAUCUGUAAAAAUGAUUAGUCUUAUUUGGGAAUUGUUUUUCAAUCUGCGUUGAAAAUGUAGAUAUUUUUUCCUUUUGUUCUUUUUCUUUAAUUUGUAAUUGAUUGACAUACCAAAACAUCCCCCCUGAGGUGCGGCGUUCUUUGCACUUGUACAAAAGGCAGAUGGGGAUUGAGAAUAUGUAUCUGGGUACAUGACCGGAUGCGCUGCAACAUAAAAGUGAUUAGUCGUGAUUCUAUCUGUCUGUUGACAAAUGUACAUAAAUUUUCCCCUUCUUACUUGCAAUUUGCAAACCCUUUUCUCUUGUAAUUGAUUGGCAUUACCCAAACAUAUCAUAUAUUCUUCUUUCCAUAUGGAUUGGAGAUACGAAUCUGGGCCGGAUCCUCAACAUGGAGCUUUGGUUGGUUCAUUGCAUUGCUUGUUUUUCAGCCACAUCAUUCUUGCGGUUUCUUCUCCUUCACCUACGUAAUUCAACAAAAUAUUGUUCGAUAUUCGCU